UAUAAAUAAAAUAAUUGAGGCAAUAAUGUCAAUUACCUUCACUCUUAAAUUAAGAGUAAAAUGGAUAGUAUUCUAGCUUCGAUUAUCUCCUAUUAAUGAGAUAAUAAUUCGAAAACAAAGACUAUUAUACGUUUAUUGUAUUAUAUAAAAAGAUAAUUUGUAUGAUAAGAAAUUCUUAAUUAGAAAUAUGGGAAAUUCCAAGGAGUUUAAUUGAAAAGGAGAGUCAAAGGUGGAAUUGAG